AUUAUUAUUAUUAUUCUAUUGAAUUCUAAAAUAAAAGCGGGGGAAUUUUCCAAGUCGUUUAUUUCCUCGUUAAAUAAUCGCGUUGAUGGGAAAUAUUAAACAAUUGUACAUUUGCAUGUUUUUCGGCUUUGGAAAUUUAUAAUCUAAUUAAAAUGUAUAUGCAAAAAGCAAGUUGAUAAUAGCUGAUGUCGCAUUCGCAUUUUCAUUUGUUUUGUGCCUCUCGUGAAAUGAAGAUCAUAUUAGCUUGGAUUGCUUUGCUUUCUUUAAUCCUUGGCCACGUGGCUGCCUAUCGGCUUCUGGAGGAACGCUGUGAUACCUACUUGAAACCUGUAACCAACCGUGCUAUUAAUUUCGCUCAACAAGCGGCUGCCUGGAUGGCAGCAAUAUAUAACGACCGAAAUUAUCUGUGUGACGGAACGCUAAUUACCAGAAGCUUUAUAUUAACUACUGCCCACUGCGUGAAUGGUCAAACAAACUUAUUCGUAGAGUUGGGGGCAUACAACAAAUCCGAACCUUUGCUGAAACAAUCUAUCAGUCUUGUCGUCAUACACAAAUUGUACAACGGACUUGAUUACCAGAAUGAUAUAAGCCUCCUCAAAUUGUCGAAACCUUUGGAUUUUAAUGCCCACAUUUAUCCAAUCUGCAUUGUUUUGGAUACGUCUAUUGGAAGCCACAUCGAAGAUAUUCGGACAUUUAAAGCCUUUGGUUGGGGCCCAAACCAUAAUGGCCUGAAAAGUGAAGUACUUCAAACAGUCACACUUAAUCAGAAAAAUCGAAACGAUUGUAGAUUAAACUCGGGCGCAACCAACAGCUCAAAACAAAUUUGUGCUUUUACCUCAAAACAAACUAAUUGCCCUUUGAAAUCAGGUGGUCCUUUGACCGUUUUGUUAGAUAGAAGUAAUAGUUUUCAAAGAUUGCAAUUUGGUAUGGUAGGCCAAGGUAGAAAAGACUGUAGAAGGCCGGAAGUUUAUACGGAUUUAACAAUACAUUUCGAGUGGAUCGAGGCAAAAGUUAAUAGCUUUAAAAGUUAUGACAACCCGGUAGUGUCCUCUCAGGAUAAAAAGUGGCCAUCACAAGCACUUAAUAUCGAUCCUAAGCCGCUUCCAAAAACUCAGCAAUUUCAGGAAUUGUGGUUGCAUAAAGAUUGUGCUGGCAAAACCAUAUCAUCGAAGUUACGGGCGACAAUCCGUGGACCUAAUUAUGUGGCACAGGGAGUGUUUAUUACAGAAAGGUUUGUUAUUACAACCGCCAGAGGCCUUCCAGAAAAUCCUGAUUCCCUGGAUGUUGGUUUAUCGGGAACCGCCAGGGUCUACAAUGAAUUUAGAGUUGAUUCGAUCUUUAAACAUCCAGCGAACGAUAUCGCUUUGCUAAAACUAGAUCAACCAGUGAGAGCAGAGAAUCUGAAACCCACCUGUAUGUUGGCAAAUAAAAAUUAUCGGGAACAGGCGGAAUCUUAUUCACCGUUUACUAUAUUUGAUCGGGUUCAAGCAAAUGACGGCAUAUUAAUUUAUUCAAAAAACGUUACGCUCAUUCAUCCCCAUGAAUGUACAAACCGAAUCCAAAAACCAAUCGAACCGAAUCAACUUUGUGCCGUGACUCCUUUAAAUAAUCAAAAUUAUGGAAAACCAGGCGAUAUAUUAGGUAAAGUUAUUUGGUAUUCGCAACAGGAAUGGCUUGUCCUGUUUGGAAUCUCUACUUAUUCAUCCAAUGGUGUACGAGUUUUCACAAAUGUUGCAAGACUUACGGAUUGGAUCGCAAACAUAGUAAACUUUAACUAACAAAAGCACCUAACCGAAACCGAAACUAAUUGUUUGGAUAGUUAAUAGUGCGAUUUUUUUCCCGCCAAUUUUAAGUUGUUUACCAAAAUACAAAUGCAAACCUAAAAAUUUUAAACAUUUCACAUUUGGAAAAUAAAAUUAAAACAAAGUAAA